GCGCAGGCAGUCGAUGGGGGAGCGGCAGCAGUCAACUCACCAUAGUGAAGACACCACGGUGGUGAUGGUAUGGACUCAGUAACGAAGAAAACCAAACGGGAUGGAACAGAAGUCACCGAAAGACUUAUUACAGAGUCAGUAACCACAAGACUGACGUCCUUACCACCAAAAGGAGGGAGCGGCACAGGGCACAAAACAGCCCACGGCGGAGGGAGUGGAAUGGAAAAGAGGACUUUCACCCAUGGCAGCAGCUACGUGACUUCAAGUGGAAGUGGUCGAAUGAAUUCGUCCUCCUCCUCCGGCUACAGGCAAACCCCUUCUCCCUGCUCUACUCUCCCCAAAUCACCUGGCUCAACCUUCGAAAGAAAAACCUACGUCACCCGCAAUGCAACAUAUGAAGGGAGCUCCAGCGCAAAUUCUUCUCCUGAAUUCCCUAGAAAAGAGUUUGCAUCGUCCAAUACCAGAGGGCGGAGUCAAAGCCGAGAGAGCGAAAUCCGAGUACGACUCCAGAGCGCGUCUCCCUCGACCAGAUGGACGGAGCUGGAUGAUGUGAAGCGUUUGCUGAAGGGGAGUCGAUCGGCCAGCGUCAGCCCCACACGAUCGUCAUCCAGCACUCUCCCCAUCCCCAAGAAAGCUGUAGUGGAAACGAAGAUGGUGACUGAGAGCUCCCAGUCAGUGUCGGGGACAUACGACACAACCAUACUGAAUGCCGCCCUCCCUCCGUACAUGUGGUCCUCCACCCUGCCUGCAGGGUCUUCCCUUGGCAGUUACCACAACAACAUGGCCCAGGGCUCUUCCCUGGUCAACACCAUGUCCCAUUCAACAGGAUCAGUGUUUGGCGUCCCAAAUAACCUGGCUCCCGGCUCUCCCACUCUGAACACAGGGCUGAGCAGUUCCUCAACAGUGUUUGGUGUUCAAAACAACCUGGCUCCAAGCUCUGCAGCCAUGACUCAUAGUGCAACCACGGCCUCCACAGUAUACGGAGUGAAGAAAAACACUUCCCAGAGCACUGGUAUGGCUGGUAGUGGAGUGUGCACUUCAACUGUUGGCAGCACUGUGAACUCCCAGAGUGACGACAUCCUGCGUAAAGACUGCAAGUUCCUGCUGCUGGAGAAAGAGAACGUCCCUGCCAAGAAGGAGAUGGAGCUCUUGAUCAUGACGAAGGACAGCGGCAAGGUCUUCAGUGCUUCCAGCACGGGGCUCAGUGGAACGUCCUUUGCAGAAGACACCUUGAAGAGAGAAAAGCAGGGCUUCUCUUCCUCUUACGCUGCAGACUCCUACCUGAAAUCUGAAACAAAUGGAGGUCUAAAAUCCGUGUCAACAAAGGACAAAGCAACUUACGCAGAAAUUGGAGGCGAUCAUGGAGGGGGAGGGAUAGGGGCAGCCCCAGCUUGGUGUCCCUGUGGUUCCUGCUGUAGCUGGUGGAAAUGGCUCCUGGGUUUGCUCCUGGCGUGGCUGUUUCUCCUUGGAUUGCUCUUCGGACUCAUCGCUUUGGCGGAAGAAUUGAAGAAGCUGAAAUCUCGUGUGGAAAACCUGGAGAAAACCCAAGCCAGCUACCUGAAAAAUAAUCCACACGAUGGGGAUAUUAACCAACGGUACCGUAUUUCUGAUGACGGGAAAAGUCCAGACUAUGCUACAGGUUUCAGUCAUAAAGAUCAAGAGGCUCUCUGGCUGUUUAUGAGGAGCAAAAUGGCUUUGGAAAGAGGACAAGGUUUCUUCCGAGGGGAGAAAGGGGAUUCUGGUCUGAAAGGCGAUAUGGGAAUGCAAGGUCCCAAAGGAGAUCCAGGACUUCCUGGUGCACCAGGCAUCCCAGGUUCGAUUGGGCACCCAGGACCAGAGGGACCAAAAGGGCAGAAAGGCAGCAUGGGUGAUCACGGCAUGGAGGGACCCACGGGCCAAAGAGGGCGAGAAGGGCCACCAGGGCCUCGUGGGGAACCUGGACUACCUGGAUUUGGGGAGAAAGGAGACAGAGGUGCUGUUGGUGAUCAGGGACCUGCAGGACCGCCUGGGCCACCAGGGUCUGUUGGCCUCAAAGGCAUGACAGGUUCUCCUGGCCCACAAGGUCCACCUGGUUCUCCUGGUCUUCAAGGAUUUAGAGGUGAAGCAGGUCUCCCAGGGGCCAAAGGUGAGAAAGGAGCUUUGGGAGCACCUGGACCCAAAGGUGAACAUGGAGAGAAAGGACCUCGUGGUCUGACAGGCGAGCCAGGCUCAAGAGGAUUGCCUGGUCUUCCAGGGGAGCCAGGAGCUAAAGGAUCCGUAGGUCCAGCUGGCCCCGAUGGACACCAAGGCCCAAGAGGGGAACAAGGUCUCAUGGGAAUGCCAGGAUUGCAAGGACCGCCUGGACCCACUGGAGAUGCAGGACAGCCAGGUCUCACAGGACCGCAGGGACCCCCAGGACUCCCAGGCAACCCCGGUCGACCAGGGGCUAAAGGUGAACCUGGUGCUCCUGGCCGAGUUAUAACUGCUGAGGGCUCAUCGACUAUUGCUCUCCCUGGCCCUCCAGGCCCACCAGGAGCAGUCGGCCCACCGGGCCCACCUGGUGUCCCAGGUCCUGUUGGGCCAGCUGGUCUCCCCGGACUGCAAGGUCCACGUGGCGAGAGAGGGCUCGCAGGUGAAACCGUUAUGGAAACCAUCAGAUCAGAAGUUGCAACUUCAUUAUCUCAAAUUUCAUCAGAUUUACUGGGACGAGCAGGCCUCCCCGGCCCUCCAGGACCCCCAGGCGCUUCCAUCCAGGGACCACCCGGACCUCGCGGCCCGGCAGGAGAAGGAUUACCAGGCCCGCCAGGCCCACCAGGAAGACCAGGCUCCUUCGUGCCCAACUCAGAAACAUUCUUCGCAGGCCCACCAGGCCCACCAGGGCCAAAGGGAGACCAAGGUUCACCAGGCCCACGAGGAUUCACAGGUGAACCAGGUCAGCCUGGCCUCCCAGGAAUCUCUGCUUCAGGUGCUGGAGUCGCCAUCCAGGGACCUCCCGGACCCGCAGGGCCUCGAGGACCCAAAGGAGACAAAGGUGAUGCAGGCGUGCCAGGGGCUCCCGGCAUCCCAGGAGGGUCUUCAACAGGUGGAUCUUCAAACUCAAGACACAGCCAGGGUCCACCAGGCCCUCCUGGCCCUCGCGGUCCCCCAGGCCCAGCUGGAGGCUCACGGCAGGAGAUUCAGCAGUAUGUGGCGGAGUACUUGCAGAGUGACACCAUUGGGCGUUAUCUGAUUGGACCUCAAGGCCCACCAGGACCCCCUGGGCUACCAGGAAUCAUCACCACCAUUGACGGACAAUCCUUGGACUAUGCCGAGCUGGCCAAGCGUGUUAUGAGCUCCAUGACAAGCUCCGGUUACAAUAUUGAGAUGUCAAGCUCUUCAUCCUCCUCCUCAAGAUUCCUGACUUACGAAGACAUCCUGGCCAUGCUGCAGAGAGAAGAAGUUCGUCAGUAUCUAGUUGGACCUCAGGGGCCCCCAGGCCCGCCUGGACCUGGAGGAGAUGGCUUGGCUCUGUCACUGAACUAUGACGAGUUGACCAGACGGGUUAUAAGCUACAUAACAAAUAAUGGACUCAGUAUUGGGCUCCCGGGACCCCCAGGUUCUCCAGGAUUACCCGGCACAUCUUACGGUGACCUAAUAGCUUUACUCCAAGGCUCUGAAUUUAGUGGCAUUGUUGGACCGCCAGGGCCACAGGGACCCCCUGGAGUUCCAGGAGCCCCAGGAAUCCCCGGAAUGCCAGGCAGCUCUCUCUCCACAUUCAGCCUAGAGGAUGUCACCUCUUACCUGCAAAGUGUGGGAUAUGCUUCCGUCUCUGGACCCCCAGGACCGCCAGGACCGCCAGGACCUCCAGGGCCACCAGGUCUGUCAGGAACUGGCCACUUCUCCUACACUGACAACGUGCUGAGCGACACAUUUAGGAGCGAGCUGAUCCAAUAUCUAACCAGUGAUGAUGUUCGAAGGUUCAUCUCGGGGCCUCCCGGGCCCCCAGGACCUAUGGGCCCCCCAGGGCCCAAAGGAGAUAGCGGCCUCAUGGCUGGGUCCUAUGGAGGAUCCCUGGGUGCAGGAGGAUCAUAUGAUGGAUCCCUGGGUGCAGGAGGAUCGUACGGUGGCGCCAUGGGCAGCGAUGGGUCGUACGGUGGCUCAAUGGGUGCAGGCGGAUCAUACAGCGGAUCCCUGGGAGCAGAAAGAGCAGAGAGGAGAUCCAUGAGUUCGAGCGGAUCCUACAGCGAGUCAUUCGUCGGAUCGCUGGAUUACAAUGAGCUGGCACUUCGGGUGUCGGAGAGCAUACAGAGCCGAGGCCUCCUCCGGGACAUGGUCACUUACGCCACACAAGGGCCGCCAGGACCCCCGGGGCCGCCUGGGAUCAGCAGGGUGUUUGCAAACUAUGGCAACGUCACUGAGGACCUCGUGGACUUCUUCAGAACAUAUGGUACCAUCCCAGGGCCACCUGGUCCGAAGGGAGAGAUGGGCUACCCAGGGCCCAAAGGUGAGGCUGGACCAAUGGGGCCUCCAGGACCCCAAGGACCCAGGGGCCCGAAGGGGGAGAAAGGAGAGAAAGGUGAACAAGUAUUUGUUGGCAGAAGAAAAAGAAGAAGCGUUGGGGUCUAAGUUAAGCACCAGGAUCAGUAUUCCAUACCGCGGGAUCCACAACCACCAUUUUGGAAUCCAAUAGAGAAUUAGCCUGUCUUAUUGGCUUCCUGCUAGAACACCUUCCUAGUCAGUCAACUAACCACAUAGACUUGGUAGUUCAGGAUGUGUCUUUUCUUUUUAUUUGAUGUUGUUGGGCUUUGAAUGACUCUAAUUUGUACGUGUCCAACACAGAACUACCAGGUGGGAAUAUGCUCCCAUUCGUUCGCAGUGCAUUAAUGCCCCCCACACUGUCCGCUGAUGAGAAGUGUAUUCAAGUUCCCGCAUUCAUAUAUUAGGUCUUGUAAGGAUUUCCUUUGUCACCAAUCCAAGUGUCUUGCAUUAGUGCCAGACUUAGUUAAAUACAGUGAAACCUGCUUUAACCAACUACUCAAGCCUCCUGGAAAAGAAAAAUCCAGCAUCCUGGAGAUCAAGGCGGCGAGCAAUUUUUCUGAAAUCAGAAUUUUGAACUGAAGCUUGGACAAAAGUGAAGUAGGUUGUCUCAAGACACUGGGGUGAUAUCCUUCAUAAGGGUUUCAUUGUACUUCCCACCAGUCGCUGUUGAAUGGCUAUGGAGCGUCUCUUCAUUCUGCUGUGUUCUAUAGCCAUGUUGGGUGGUCUGAUCAGCAAGCGCACUUAAUGAAAGCAGCAAGGUAAGGAACUAGGCCAAACUUCUGCAAGGAUCAGGAUUUCUUGGAGGGGAAGCAGGUGGAUGGAGGCAAUCGUGGAAUUCUCUGUAGUCAUUGACACUCAAAACCUGGGGUGCAGUUAUGCUGUCAAAAACUGGAAUACGUAAUUCACCAGGAAUGGAAGCAGGAGUGUAAACAGAACUCAAACACUUGAGCACACAGUGAGAGAAAUAUCUGAUCCCUGUCUAUGUUACAGCUUCCCACCUGCACAGCUGCAAUGGUGGGACGUUACCAUUUGAUUAUCAUCAAGGUAGAUGCACCGCUUAUACAUUUCAAAACCAUUUUCUUGGCAUCGCCCAUAAAUGCAUUUGGAGUUUGUUGAUAAGUCCAUGUAAUUAUGCACCAGAAAUGGCUACCACAUCUUGUCCUUUUAUAGGCCAAUGGUACAAAGGGAGUUCAUAUGACACUACCACAUAUUGACAUACAUACACACACAGGGUGGGCGCCCAUACACUAUGCAGGUCACGUUGCCAAAUACUCUCUUAAUUUCAAUUGCUAACAGCAUUGCCAAGAUGUGAAGGGUGUGUGGCAAGUUCGAACUUAAGCACUUUUGUUAAAACAUAAUUUGUUGAUUUUAAAAAAAAAAUAUUUUAUAUGGUUCUUUUUUACGUUGGGGGGAAAAUAUUGCAUUUUUAAUGUAAACCUCUCAAUUAAAGUGUGUUUUUUAACCCUGUGUUCUCCGGAGCAAGCUUACAUUUGGAAAUCAACACUAGAUUCGGUGUCACAAUGGGUAGACACAUCUAACAACGUCAGGGUACAUUGUCUCAAACAAAGCACAACACAGCAUGUGGCAGGAUGGUAACUCUGGGCACAGCUGAAGAACCAGGCCUGUUUUCUGCACAUCCAUCUCAUCAUGGAGAAUUAUCAAUGUGAGCGUUCUUUGUGCCAAGCCGUCACUGUCCUAAUUGAUUGUACACUGAACAGUCAACCUAAACAGCCAACUGUCUGCUGACUGAGCACAUGAUUUCCAUUAAUGUUAGCAGGGAAUUACACACAUGGCUCAAGGGGGAAUGGCCCCUUUGCCCCGCUGACAUCGUCUUCAUUUCUUCAGCAAUCUGAUUAUUUCAAAAUCUUAAAUUUAUUACAUCAUUGCAGGGCUAAUUUGGCUGGCGAGGGGCCAGCAAAACUGGCCACGUGAUGGCUUAACUAGAAGGACUUGAACUACAGAAAUUAAAGAGCCAGUCAUUUUAAGGCUGAAUUGUAUGCAGUUUUCCAUUUGACACACACAGUUUCACGUCACCAUUUUCAUUCUGGGACACUUCAAUCCCAAACCCCCCCACCCACACUAUCUGGUAGGGUAUACUCACUUCCAGAAUUACCCUGUGGCUAAUCCCAAGGAUAUAUGCUAGCAAACGCUGAUUUUCGUCCAUUUAAAGGUGUUAGACUAGAACUGGGAGCUUAUCUGCUGGACAGGUUUGGUAUCUGAGCUUCAUAGACACAUUCAUAUAUCUUACUGAAACCAACCUUAUUUUCAUUCAAAGCUUAAACACCAGCCAUCGGUGUCAUUCAUUAACUCUAGUGAAGGCCAUGCUACAAAGCCGAUUUUAGCUGGUCCAUUUAUUUCCUGUGUCAUUUUGUUCUGAGGGUUUGGAAGAAGGGCUGUGUUGAACAGGCCGGCUUUCUGCAUACACAGAAGCUUGCAAUGUUUUUAAAUAACGUCUACUAUUGGGUUGUACACACAAUGCCUGUAACUUGGUAAGCUGAGGCCUUCCAUUUGUAAUAAAAAUUCCCUUU